CUGUGUGUGUUUCUCUCUCUCUCUUCUCUCUCUCUCUUCCGUCUCUCUCUGUGUUCUUUAUCGCAACGCUUGUUGGCGCUUGGUUGAGGACAACGGCAGCCGGACGUGCGUGCGACGACGUGACGUGGCGGGUGUAUUCACUGACGCCACUACCUGUGCUUGAGUGUGUUUCAGUUUGCCGUUCGCCAUGGAUACCUCGACGGACCCCGUUCCCCCGACGCAGAACGGUCAAGACAAGGACAAGGAAGAGUCCAAGACCACGGAAGAAACCAUUGAUGGCGUUCCUGAAGUCAAGGACGAGGACUUGUCGGACGACGACCGUCAGCUGAAGCAGGACCUUGAGCUUUUGGUGGACCGUCUUGAGGAUGCCGAUACAAGCCUGCACCGGCCUGCGCUGGAGGCCUUGCGUACCCACAUCCGGUCUUCCACAAGCUCCAUGACCUCGGUGCCCAAGCCUCUCAAGUUCUUGCGCCCCCACUUUGCCCGUAUCAAAGCCAUUCACGCCAACAUCUCCGACCCGGAGAACAAGAAAUUUGCGGCCGACGUGGCCUCUCUGAUGGCCAUGACAUUUGACGACGACAGCCGCGAGUGCCUGCAGUACCGUUUCCUCGGCUCCAACGAAGCCCUCGCAUCAUGGGGCCACGAAUACGUCAAGUACGGACCCCACUGUUUGAGCGGCGCCCAUGUGCAAGCAGCUGGCUUGAACCCAACUAACCCUCCCUCUCUUUCUCCCCCUCACCCACACUUGCUCAGGCACCUGCAGGCGGAGGUCUCUGCCGAGUACAAGGUUCGCGUUACCGCCGAACCUCCCGCAGCCGUCGACGAUCUGAUCGUCCUCGUGGAGGAGAUUGUGCCAUACUUUUUGCAACACAACGGCGAACCCGAUGCCUGUGACUUGCUCAUGGAGGUGGAUCGCCUGGACCUGCUCGAACGAUUCGUGGACGAGAAUGGUCACCAACGUGUUUGCCUGUACCUCCUGAGCUGCGUGCCCUACGUUGCAGAGCCCGAGGAUCAAGUGCUGAUGGAGACGGCUCUCAAGGUCUACCUCAAAUACAAGCAGUGGCCCCAGGCCAUGCAGAUGGCCCUCAAGCUCAAUGUCACGGAAACGAUCCGGGGCGUAUUCAAGCAGUGCGACUCAAAGUUGAUGCGACGACAGCUGGCCUUUAUGCUUGGUCGGCAACAAUACUACUUUGACGUGGAGGAAGAGCUUGACGGCAUCGAGGAUGAUGACGACGAGCUUGAAAAGCUGCGCGAUCUCAUGGCCAAUACCUUUUUGAACGAAAGCUUCCUGGCGCUCGGCCGUGAACUGGACAUUAUCGAGGCGAAAUCGCCCGAUGACGUCUACAAGACCACUGCUGAUGGAGCGGCCGGUGUGGCCAACUCGGCCCGCGCCAACCUUGCCUCCACCUACGUCAACGGCUUUGUCAACGCCGGCUUUGGCAUGGAUAAGCUGAUCCUGGGCUCGGAAGAGGGCGCACACUGGAUGUACCGCAACAAGGACCGUGGCAUCAUGGCUGCGGCGGCCAGCUUGGGCUUGGUCCUGCUCUGGGAUGUGGAUGGCGGCUUGACCCGCAUCGACCCAUACAUUGAGUCAGACAACGAAUACAUCAAGGCUGGCGCGCUCCUAGCCGUCGGGUUGGUCAACUCAACCGUACGCAACGAGCACGAGCCGGCACUUGCUCUCUUGCAAGACUAUAUCACCGACAAAAAGUCCAUUUAUCAGGUCGGUGCCAUCCAGGGUUUGGGUCUGGCCUACGCCGGUACAGCCCACGAGUAUGUGACAGAGCUGUUGAUGCCUGUGCUCGAAUCAACCGAUAACAACAUGGAGGUGCUGGCCACCACUGCUCUGGCUUUGGGCCAGAUUCAUGCCGGCACAGCCAACGGCGAUGUCAGUGAAGCUAUUGUACAGUGCAUGCUCCUCCAGGAGGGCCCCAAACUGCUCAAGGAGACCUAUGCCCGUUUCCUUCCCCUGGCCCUUGGCCUCAUCUACCUGGGCAAGCAGCAGGAUGCUGAGGUCGUCUUGGCGACGCUGGAGACGUUGGAAGGUCCUUUCGGCAAGGUGGCACAGAUUGUGGUGGAGGCAUGUGCCUACACGGGCACGGCCAACGUGCUGAAGGUGCAAAAGAUGCUUCAUGUCUGCUCUGAACACUUUGACACGAGCAAAGAGGGUGCCGAAAAGGACGAUUUGCAUCAAGCCUAUGCCGUGGUUGCCAUCAGCAUGAUUGUCAUGGGCGAGGAGGUUUCGGUGGAAAUGGCGCUGCGCACCAUGCAGCACCUUCUCCAAUACGGCGAGCCCGUCAUCCGCCGAGCGGUGCCGGUGGCCAUGGCCCUGAUGUGUGCCUCCAACCCCGACCUGGCUGUCUUGGACAUUCUCAGCAAGCUUAGCCACGACGCUGAUGCCGAGACAGCUUACAACGCCAUCAUGGCCAUGGGCAUUGUUGGCGCCGGUACCAACCACGCCCGCAUCGCAGACUUGCUUCGCCACCUUGCACAGUACUACAGCAAGGAUGCGGACGUCCUCUUCAUUGUUCGCACUGCACAGGGUCUGCUUUACACGGGCAAGGGCAGCAUUACCGUGUCGCCCGUCCACACGGAGCGCACGCUGGUCUCACCCCCCGCCGUGGCUGGCCUCUUGACCUUCUUGCUCGGCCUUCUCGAUGCGAAAAAUGUCUUUUUGAAGGAUGGCCACUGCAUGAUGUACAGUUUGGCUCUGGCCAUGUACCCGCGCAUUCUCAGCACCUUUGACGAGGAGCUCAACCCGCUCAACAUUUCUGUGCGCGUCGGCCAAGCCGUUGAUGUUGUUGGCCAAGCCGGCAAACCCAAGACCAUCACUGGUUUUACGACGAACAACACGCCCGUGCUCCUGGGCUAUGGCGAGCGUGCGCAGCUGGCCACAGAGGAGUACAAGGCCAUCACGCCCAUUUUGGAGGGCUUUGUCAUUGUGCAAAAGGCUGCCGAAGAUACGCAAACGGCGUAAAUUGAAGUUGUGUUU